CGGACGUCUGGUCGGCCCUGUGCGUAGGCGAAGGGUAGCCUGGCGAGGAGCCGGGGACCAGCCUCAACCCCUGGCCUGGGCCGGGAGGUCAAUUUGUCCCAUCCCUCUGUCCCGCAGCACGCCUCUACCCCUGUAACUUUCCCCCUGGCAGGACUCCCGGCUACCAGACCCGCCGCUCGGCCUGAAGCAACUGAUGGAGGCCCCACUGCAAACAGGAAUGGUGCUGGGCGUGAUGAUAGGGGCCGGAGUGGCGGUGCUGGUCACGGCCGUGCUCAUCCUCCUGGUGGUGCGGAGGCUGCGAGUGCCGAAAACCCCGGCCCCGGAUGGCCCACGGUAUCGGUUCCGGAAGAGGGACAAAGUGCUUUUCUAUGGCCGGAAGAUUAUGCGGAAGGUGUCACAAUCCACCUCUUCCCUGGUGGACGCCUCAGUCUCCACCACUUCCCGGCCACGCAUGAAGAAGAAACUUAAGAUGCUCAACAUUGCCAAGAAGAUUCUGCGCAUCCAGAAAGAGACACCGACAUUGCAGCGGAAGGAGCCCCCGCCUGCAGUGCUGGAGGCGGACCUGACAGAGGGUGACCUGGCCAACUCCCACCUGCCCUCUGAAGUGCUCUACAUGCUCAAGAACGUCCGGGUGCUGGGCCACUUUGAGAAGCCACUCUUCCUGGAGCUGUGCAGGCACAUGGUCUUCCAGCGACUGAACCAGGGAGACUAUGUCUUGCGGCCAGGCCAGCCCGAUGCCAGCAUCUACGUGGUGCAGGAUGGGCUGCUGGAGCUCUGCUUGCCAGGGCCUGAUGGGAAAGAAUGUGUUGUGAAGGAAGUGGUCCCUGGAGACAGCGUGAACAGCCUUCUAAGCAUCCUGGAUGUCAUCACUGGUCACCAGCAUCCCCAGCGAACGGUGUCUGCCAGGGCAGCCCGUGAUUCCACAGUGCUGAGGCUGCCAGUGGAAGCCUUCUCUGCCGUCUUCACCAAGUAUCCGGAGAGCUUGGUGCGGGUGGUGCAGAUCAUCAUGGUGAGGCUGCAACGAGUCACCUUCCUGGCGCUGCACAACUACCUGGGUCUGACCAAUGAGCUCUUCAGCCACGAGAUCCAGCCCCUGCGCCUAUUCCCCAGCCCCGGCCUCCCAACCCGCACCAGCCCUGUGCGUGGCUCCAAGCGGGUGGUCAGCAACUCAGCUAGUGAGGAGCCAAGAGAGACCCCCGGUCGGCCGCCUGACCCCACCGGGGCUCCACUGCCUGGACCUACAGGGGACCCUGUGAAGCCUACAUCCCUGGAAGCCCCCUCAGCCCCUCUGCUGAGUCGCUGCAUCUCUAUGCCAGUGGACAUCUCAGGCUUGCAGGGUGGCCCCCGCUCUGACUUCGACAUGGCCUAUGAGCGGGGCCGGAUCUCUGUGUCCCUUCAAGAAGAGGCCUCCGGGGGACCCCAGGCAGCCCCUGCUCGAACCCCCACUCAGGAGCCCCGGGAGCAGCCGGCAGGCGCCUGCGAGUAUAGCUACUGCGAGGACGAGUCGGCCACCGGAGGCUGCCUCUUCGGGCCCUACCAGGGCCGCCAGACAAGCACCAUCUUCGAGGCAGCCAAGCGGGAGCUGGCCAAGCUGAUGCGGAUUGAGGACCCGUCCCUCCUGAACAGCCGGGUCUUGCUGCGUCAUGCCAAAGCCGGCACCGUCAUUGCCCGACAGGGGGACCAGGACGUGAGCCUGCACUUCGUGCUCUGGGGCUGCCUGCACGUGUAUCAGCGCAUGAUCGACAAGGCGGAGGACGUGUGCCUGUUCGUGGCACAACCGGGGGAGCUGGUGGGGCAGCUGGCAGUGCUCACGGGUGAACCCCUCAUCUUCACGCUGCGCGCCCAGCGCGACUGCACCUUCCUGCGUAUCUCCAAAUCCGACUUCUAUGAGAUCAUGCGUGCACAGCCCAGUGUGGUGCUGAGCGCCGCGCACACAGUGGCCGCGAGGAUGUCACCCUUCGUGCGCCAGAUGGACUUCGCCAUUGACUGGACAGCGGUGGAGGCAGGACGCGCGUUGUACAGGCAGGGCGACCGCUCCGACUGCACCUACAUCGUGCUCAAUGGACGGCUGCGCAGCGUCAUCCAGCGUGGCAACGGCAAGAAAGAGCUGGUGGGCGAGUACGGCCGCGGGGACCUCAUCGGUGUGGUGGAGGCGCUGACCAGGCAGCCGAGAGCCACGACGGUGCACGCGGUGCGCGACACGGAGCUGGCCAAGCUCCCCGAGGGCACCUUGGGUCACAUCAAACGUCGGUACCCGCAGGUCGUGACCCGCCUCAUCCACCUGCUGAGCCAGAAAAUUCUAGGGAAUUUACAGCAGCUGCAGGGACCCUUCCCAGCAGGCUCGGGGCUGGGUGUCCCCCCACACUCAGAACUCACCAACCCUGCCAGCAACCUGUCAACGGUGGCAAUCCUGCCCGUGUGUGCUGAGGUGCCCAUGGUGGCCUUUACCCUGGAGCUGCAGCACGCUCUGCAAGCUAUCGGUCCCACGCUUCUCCUCAACAGUGACAUCAUCCGGGCGCGCCUGGGGGCCUCUGCACUGGAUAGCAUCCAAGAGUUCCGGCUGUCAGGGUGGCUGGCCCAGCAGGAGGAUGCACACCGCAUCGUGCUCUACCAGACAGACGCAUCGCUGACGCCUUGGACUGUGCGCUGUCUGCGCCAGGCUGACUGCAUCCUCAUCGUGGGCCUGGGUGACCAGGAGCCCACUGUCGGCCAGCUGGAGCAGAUGCUGGAGAACACGGCCGUGCGCGCCCUCAAGCAGCUGGUGCUGCUGCAUCGCGAGGAGAGCCCGGGCCCCGCGCGCACCGUGGAGUGGCUCAACAUGCGCAGCUGGUGUUCAGGGCACCUGCAUCUGCGCUGCCCGCGCCGCCUCUUCUCCCGGCGCAGCCCGGCCAAGCUGCACGAGCUCUACGAGAAGGUGUUCUCCAGGCGCGCGGACCGGCACAGCGACUUCUCCCGCCUGGCACGGGUCCUCACGGGAAACACUAUUGCCCUGGUGCUGGGAGGGGGCGGAGCAAGGGGCUGCUCGCAUAUUGGGGUGCUGAAAGCCUUAGAGGAGGCGGGAGUCCCUGUCGACCUGGUGGGCGGCACGUCCAUUGGCUCCUUCAUCGGGGCCCUGUACGCUGAGGAGCGCAGCGCCAGCCGCACUAAGCAGCGGGCCCGCGAGUGGGCCAAGAGGAUGACUUCAGUGCUGGAGCCUGUGUUGGAUCUCACGUACCCGGUCACCUCCAUGUUCACGGGCUCAGCCUUUAACCGCAGCAUCCACCGUGUCUUCCAGGAUAAGCAGAUUGAGGACUUGUGGCUGCCGUACUUCAAUGUGACCACAGACAUCACCGCCUCAGCCAUGCGUGUCCAUAAAGAUGGCUCACUGUGGCGGUAUGUGCGUGCCAGCAUGACACUCUCGGGCUACCUGCCCCCGCUGUGUGACCCGAAGGAUGGGCACCUCCUCAUGGAUGGCGGCUACAUCAACAACCUGCCAGCGGACAUAGCCCGCAGCAUGGGUGCCAAAACAGUCAUUGCCAUCGACGUGGGGAGCCAGGAUGAGACAGAUCUUAGCACCUACGGGGACUGCCUGUCUGGCUGGUGGCUGCUAUGGAAGCGACUAAACCCCUGGGCUGACAAGGUGAAGGUUCCAGACAUGGCCGAGAUCCAGUCCCGCCUGGCCUAUGUGUCCUGCGUGAGGCAGCUGGAGGUCGUCAAAUCUAGCUCCUACUGCGAGUACCUGCGCCCACCCAUUGACUGCUUCAAGACCAUGGACUUCGGGAAGUUCGACCAGAUCUCUGAUGUGGGCUACCAGUAUGGGAAGGCUGUGUUUGGAGGCUGGAGCCGGGGCAAUGUCAUCGAGAAGAUGCUCACAGACCGGCGCUCUACGGACCUUAACGAGAGCCGCCGUGCAGAUGUGCUUGCCUUCCCAAGCUCUGGCUUCACCGACCUGGCAGAGAUCGUAUCCCGGAUCGAGCCCCCCACGACCUACAUCUCUGAUGGCUGCGCUGAUGGGGAGGAAUCGGAUUGCCUCACGGAAUAUGAAGAGGACGUGGGACCAGACUGCUCAAGGGAUGAAGGGGGCUCCCCCGAGGGUGCGAGCCCCAGCACUGCCUCCGAGAUGGAGGAAGAGAAGUCAGUCCUCCGGCACAGGCACUGUCUGCCCCAGGAGCCUCCCAGCUCAGCUGCAGACGCCUGAGGACCUCACCAGCAGUCCCCCAUUCUCACGCCCCUGGACUGGGCCUCGGGGUUGGCCCUCUGGGGGGAAUUUGCCCCCCCUGCUGCUAUGCCUGUGACCUCCUGGGUCUCCCUUGGCCUCGAGGGCCCACACACUGGACUGAUCUGCCCCAGGAAGAGGGGCAGCACUGCACUGAAAACUUGACCAGGCACCCCUCUCCCCCAGUAAAUUGUCACCUCUUCGAA